GGACGCGGGGGCUCCUACGUUGUGGCGCACUUUGGCCGGGUCUGUAGUUCCGUGCCGUCGUCGCAAGGUUCCGCACUGGAAUACUAUGGAGUGUGUCGUCCGGGUGUUAUUUUUCCUGGUGGCGGUGAUAUUUUUCGGUCAGUUGGCCACCGGCGUGAAGAAUAUCCUCUACAUCAGCAGUGUCGCAUCGCCGAGCCAUUUCCUCUGGAGCCAGCGGCUGUUUGAACGAUUGGCGGAGCGAGGGCAUAACGUGACGGUGGUGAAUUUGUACAAGCAUGGAUUUGUUAGAGGAGUACAGCUGGUUAAGUUGGAAGGGAUUGUUGAGGAAUUGGCGGCGGAAGAAGAGGACUACGUUGAGUUUGGACAAAUGAAUCCGUUUGAGGUGCACGUUGCGUUCUUUGAUCUGGAACUUUACGUAUGUCAACGGGCUGUUAAAAGUGCGGGAUUCCGAAGUAUGUUGGAUUACCCGAAGGACUUUCGAUUUGAUCUGGUGAUACACGAUCAUCUGGCCGGACCAUGCCUUCUAAUACUGUUGAGUACUUUUGGUUAUCCACCGUUGAUCUAUGCAUCGGCUUAUAAUCGACAAUCUACGCUGACGACGUCUCUUGGAAUCGUAGUAUUCCCGGGAUUCGUACCGAAUCAAGUCUACGACGUGCAAAAUCCGAUGACGUUCUACCAAAAGACCGAAAAUCGCCUGCUUUACUUCUGGGAAUACUUCUUCAAAGCUUAUAUCUAUUAUCCAAAGCUGGAUAGCCUAAUUCAGCAGGAACUGAACCAAACUGAAUCAGUGACGUCUCUGGAGAAGCGAUCACUUUUGGCUAUUCUGAACUCAAACCAGAUAUUGGAUCUACCGGAACCAGUAUCUCCCAACAUAGUCCAAGUAGGAGGUCUCCAUAUAAAACCUCAAAAAUCUCUACCAAACAACCUGCUCCAAACCUUAGACCACUCCAACAAGGUAGUCCUCUUCUCACUUGGAUCCAACGUAAGAAGUGAUCAGUUGGAUCCCCAAAUCCUGAACAAACUCAUUGAGGCUAUGACUGCCGUUCCAACGAUGACCUUCCUGUGGAAGCUUGAAUCCGACCUACCCCAGAAGCUUCCACCGAACGUAAUCACUUCGCCAUGGUUCCCGCAGAGUGAGCUGCUCGCUCAUCCCAAGCUCAGUUUGUUCAUAACCCACGGAGGACUACUCAGCGUUCAGGAGGCCGUCUGGCAUGGAGUUCCCAUGCUCGGGAUGCCAAUCUACGGCGAUCAGUUCGGAAACGUGAAUCAGCUGAUCAACAAGGGAGUCGCCAAGAGGUUGUCCUUGGUCGAUGCUACCAGCGAACAAUUGGUGGAGGCCAUUCAGGAAAUCACGACAAAUGCCAGCUACCAGAACAAUGCAAAUCGACUGUGUCGGAUGUUUCGUGACCGGCGAGAGUCCCCGCUGGAGACGGCAAUUUGGACCAUCGAAUGGGUACUAAGAAAUGCUAAUGACAGUCACGUGUGGAACCACAUGCCGAGCAAUUCCGGCUUCCUGGAACGAUAUUCACUGGAUGUCCUGCUGGUAUCCUUCGCCGGACUAAUGGCAACGGGAUUCACCGCAUUGUUAAUGCUACUUAAAGUGCUUACAUGCACAUCUAGUAAAAGCAAGAAAAAGCUUGAUUAAAUCCCCCUUAUCAAAACAUCCAAACAAAUGACAAGUCAUGUCGUACCUGCUGCAUGUAAUCUGUCGUCGUCGGCCCAAAAUCUCCGGUGGCUAUUUUCUCAGUUCAUUCACCGUGAUUUCCCCGUUAUUGUGUUUACAGCAACAACAGAUUCACCCACCCUGCCCCCUCUAUCCGAAAUUCCCUAAAGCAAACACAAUCUGUUAUCAUUCCGAUGGGAAUUUUUUUUUCUAUUACAAGCAAAAAAUCCCAUUCCGUAUUGUGUGCGGGGAAAAUCCCCCUUAUCUGCGCUUUUCUCGAAUUUUCUCUCUCUCUCUCUUCGGUUCAGCAUUUUCCCCGACGACGACGAAAUUGCUCAAUGGAACCAACGGCACGUGAAAAAUGUAAAUAGUAUCAUCCGGCGCGCGGUGGUCACCCCGUAAGCGAAAUCACGGUCGUAGGAGGUGAACCAUGUGUGAGCAGGGCAGGAUGUACGGUGGUUUGAUUUUUGAUUAAAAAUCAAUAGCAUGGUGGUACAGUGCAGGUAUACUAGAAAAGGGGGCACGGCCAAUAGCCGGCAAGGAUCAGGUGGGGGCUCGACCCUCUCUGCUGGUGGCCUCGGGGAUGAUGUAAUUCGUGAAGGUGGAAGACAGAAUGGGAGCCGGAACCUUUGUACGAGGACGUUGUGGUGGAUUGAAGAAUGGAUAAUGUUUUUUUAAUUGAAAUUAGUUUUGAAUUAUGUUGGAUUUGAGAUUUUUAUAACUUAAGUGUUGGAUUUGCUUACAUCAGAUUUGCUUUAAAUAAAAUGAACUGAAUUGGCUUGUUUUUAGAUCUGGUUUGAUCCAUAAUAAAUAGAUCUUUUUACUGUGCUCAGGAUGGUGUUUGAAUUUGAUUUAUCCUUGUUCCCAAAAACUGAUAAUUUGACGAAACUUGCAAAUCAAAAAACAAACAAUAAAAAUAAAAACGACGAGAUAAAUUUGACUUACAUGGUGAAUUUAUAUGAUUUAUUCAAUUCAAAUAACUGAUUUGGGUGAAAUUGAGCACAUGUUUACUUUGCAUGCGAAAUAUAUUCACUUUUUUACAUUAGGAAAUAAUGUAUUUCACAUUUUCACAAACUUCAGCAUUCAGCACUCACUUUUUUUAAAUGUAUUACUUUUUUUUACAUCAAGAAACUUGUUGCAGGAAACACGCUUUUUCUUGUAUUAAAUAUAGCAUUAAUUUUACCAUUUUCAGAAUUAAUAGUGCAGUUUUGACUAUUCAGAGUCUUCAGGAUUUUCAAAAAAGUGUUCGCGUGGUCUAUGGAUGGUCCCAUAUACGGUAUUCUAAAUGACUUGUAUAGGUAAAAAAAGAUAAAUAUUAAGCAAAAAAAAAAAAACAGUGAGGCUAUUUGUUUAACUACAUAUUAACAAAAAUGGCAAUUUUCAAAAAUCACGACUUUUUGAAAACUCUGAGAAGUCGAAAAAAAACAUAAAUAUCUUAGUGGCUACAUCUUGAAACUGGUGCACAAAUUCAUAUUUAUGUAAAGUACUUUUCCGAUUGCAAAUUUGAUUUAGAAAUAAUGUUAGAAAAUUUCAACUUUUCAACAUUUUUCAAAAAUCGUGAUUUAAAAAAAUGUAAUUUUUUGAAAGUUGUUAUUAAAAAAUAGAUUUUUGUGCAAAGUCAAAUUGAAAAAAAUGUGUAAUUUUUUAUAGUGUAUUUUUUUUUCGCUGAAUUUCAGUUAAAAUGCGUAUGGAGCUGUCAAACCUUGCUGAAAUUUCAGUAAAUUUUCGGUUGAGUGCGAAUUUCAGUGAAUUUAAAUGAAUUGAGUAAUGCAAGUUUGGUGUGUAGGUAUCAUGCUUUAAAUAUUAUUGUAAAAGUUUCAUGUAAAUAUUGUUUUAUACGAAACAUUUACCUAAAAUUCAAACUAUCGCAUUUUUAUUUUUAUUUUGAUGAAAUUUUGUCCAUAGAUUCCUUGUGUACAACAAAGUAAUUUUGUACAAUAUAUUUCUUCAUACAAAUUUGGUAUUUGGAGCAAAAUUGUAGAAAAUGGCUGUGAUUUAAUAAAAUGAUUUACUUAAAACAAAAACAUUCUUUUGAUUAUGGUCGAACGAAUGGUUUCAGGAUAUUAUUUGAAAACGUUUUUUUCCGGAUCCCCUUGAACUUCAAAUUUAAUUUGCUAUCAAAAUGUAGUUUUGAUAAAUUUAAAUAAAAGUGCAUCUUUGGGCAGAUAUCCAUUUUAAAUUAAAUUUUCUUUUUCUUUAAUUCAAAAUAGCUAUCUGAAAUAUCAGCAAAUUAUCUAUAAUUUGAAAUUGUUGAUCCCACUAUGGAUUGAGAUAUUGCUUUGCCAAUGUUGAAAAAAUAAAUUUAAAAUGAGGAAAUUUUUCAAUUAGCGACAUCAUAAAAGUUAUCAAUAUUCAUUUGAUCUUUAACAAGUCUGGACUCGAUUAUCCGAAGGCCUUAGAACAAUUUCACGUAGGAUAAUCAAAUCAUCGGAUAAUCGAAUCACUAAGCUAAACUACGCUAUAACGAUUUAGAAUUUUUAAAUCCAAGAUGGCGGCCAAAAUGACGAUGAUGAAAUAUUGAAAAACAUGCAUUUUGUAAUUUAUUACGCAAUUUACUAUUUAAAUUUGACUAAAAUGGGGUUGCAGUACUGGAAUUUGAUGUCAUUAGAAAACUAAGGGUUGUUUGGGUGACACUUAAUAACUUCAAUUAUUUUCAUUGUGUCUUUAUAUUUGAGUGGUUUAACUAGAAACGAUAAAAUCCAUCUUCAAUGUUUUAGGAUUGUUUCGCUGUUCUAAAAAUAUAUUUAAAUUUAAUUUAAAUAUUAAAUUUCCGAUUUCAGAAUACAACACAAAAUUUAUGCAAAUGUUUUUAAAUCAUAUUUUAAAUUAAUAAUAAUUCUUAUAAAGGUCAUAGUUCUGAAAUACAUCAUAUUAAAUCGAAUAUUUUCUCUCUCCUUGAUCUCCUAUUCUCAAGACCAUCUUCAAUCCAGUGCCACCUGUCUAAACACUUCUCCUUUUCCCUACUACACCUCCAUUCACAAUCGCGCGAACACUAAUACGAAGAUUGCCGUUUGACAGGUUCAGUCCACCUUGCUGACCACCGGCACACGUCACUCGUCGCGGCUUGUUAUCGACGACACAU